GGCCCAUUCUCGGCCUUCGUCACUCACAGCUAAUGGAUGUCCUCACACAGUAUGCCUACAAUGAGAGUUUCUGGGACAAUGGGAAUGGGAGCUUCAAUGACACGGAGAGUGGGCAGAAGCACCCGUACAAUUACUACGCCAUGCUCCUCACACUGCUCAUCCUCGUCAUUGUCUUUGGCAAUGUGUUGGUGUGCAUGGCCGUGUCCAGGGAGAAGGCCCUCCAGUCCACCACCAAUUACCUGAUCGUCAGUCUGGCUGUGGCUGACCUGCUGGUGGCCACCUUGGUUAUGCCCUGGGUGGUCUAUCUGGAGGUAGGUUACCUACACACCCACGCAUGCUCUUUCAUUGGCAGAAAGGCUUGAAGCUAAAGAUACAGUGUAGUUUUUUACCCUGUGGUUGCUGGAGGUAGGCUACCUGUACAGUCAUGCACCUUUGUCAUUGGCUAAAAGGCUUAAAGGUGCAGUGUAGUUUUCUUUCCCAUGAGGUUGCACAGCAAAUUCCGUACAUAAUCAUAGCUGAAGCAAAACAAACGGACACAAACAAGAGGUUGUUUGAUUACACUUAUGCCAAUCAGGGUACCUCUUUGAUUUUGCACUUGCAUUGACUCUCCUACUCAGUCCUCCAAAUUGAAAACAAACCAUUAGGGCCACAUUGUUGAUCUGAAAAAGAAUACAUUCAAAGUGCUCCUUUAUUAAUGGUCUGGUUAUGCAACAACUUUCCCAAGGUGUCUGUCAUUGCAAUUAGCAUAAUGCAAACAGAAGCCUGAUUGUUCUGACAAGAAAUUGCACAUGAAAGAAUAAAGGCAACAGCUACCAUUGAUGGAGUAAUGUGAAUGCAAUGUGUGUCUGUUUUCAUGGUGUAUCUUCUCCACUGGUUAAAGAUAUUCAUUUUAACUAAAUGAAUAAUAAAUACUUUUAAAUAUUCAAAAUAAAAUGUACUGCAUGGCUUAAAAGUGGAUGAGAAAUAAUAGCUCUGCUGUUUAAAAAAAAAAUACAUAAACGUUAUCGCGUUUCAUGAUGCCAAUUUACCACACAAUCAAAUAUUAAAGUUUAAAUCCACCCAAAAAAUGUCCCUGUCAACAAGAAAAUAUGUAAGUAAUUAUGGUUCCAUGCAAUGCAAUCAUGGAAUUUAAUAGAUAAGAAUUAAGAUGGCAUCAGCAUUAAAUUGUGGGAAAUAGCAUUGCAUAUUAGAACUGACAGUUUAAUGAAAGUCACUCAAUAAAAAAGUUUUCACUCUAGCAAAUAGGCUGUAAUGUUGAUAAAAUGUCUACUGUAGACAGGAGGUCAGAUGAUUAAGUUUGAGCAAAGUGAGGAAAUUAAUAAAUUCAGAUCAUGAAAAUAAAUGGCACUGUACCUACAAAGCUAGCUUAGUAUGUGGAGCAUCAGCACUGCCAAUGUCAAAAUGUCAAACAUAUGUACUCAUUCCCCAGCUAUAGGCCUGUAAUUUUCAUCAUAGGUACACGUCAACUAUGACAGACAAAUUGAGAAAAAAAAUCCAGAAAAUCACAUUGUAGGAUUUUUUAUACAUUUAUUUGCAAAUUAUGGUGGAAAAUAAGUAUUUGGUCACCUACAAACAAGCAAGAUUUCUGGCUCUCACAGACCUGUAACUUCUUCUUUAAGAGGCUCCUCUGUCCUCCACUCGUUACCUGUAUUAAUUGGCACCUGUUUGAACUUGUUAUCAGUAUAAAAUACACCUGUCCACAACCUCAAACAGUCACACUCCAAACUCCACUAUGGCCAAGACCAAAGAGCUGUCAAAGGACACCAGAAACAAUAUUGUAGACCUGCACCAGGCUGGGAAGACUGAAUCUGCAAUAGGUAAGCAGCUUGGUUUGAAGAAAUCAACUGUGGGAGCAAUUAUUAGGAAAUGGAAGACAUACAAGACCACUGAUAAUCUCCCUCGAUCUGGGGCUCUACGCAAGAUCUCACCCCGUGGGGUCAAAAUGAUCACAAGAACGGUGAGCAAAAAUCCCAGAACCACACGGGGGGACCUAGUGAAUGACCUGCAGAGAGCUGGGACCAAAGUAACAAAGCCUACCAUCAGUAACACACUACGCCGCCAGGGACUCAAAUCCUGCAGUGCCAGACGUGUCCCCCUGCUUAAUCCAGUACAUGUCCAGGCCCAUCUGAAGUUUGCUAGAGUGCAUUUAGAUGAUCCAGAAGAGGAUUGGGAGAAUGUCAUAUGGUCAGAUGAAACCAAAAUAGAACUUUUUGGUAAAAACUCAACUCGUCGUGUUUGGAGGACAAAGAAUGCUGAGUUGCAUCCAAAGAACACCAUACCUACUGUGAAGCAUGGGGGUGGAAAUAUCAUGCUUUGGGGCUGUUUUUCUGCAAAGGGACCAGGACGACUGAUCCGUAUAAAGGAAAGAAUUAAUGGGGCCAUGUAUCGUGAGAUUUUGAGUGAAAACCUCCUUCCAUCAGCAAGGGCAUUGAAGAUGAAACGUGGCUGGGUCUUUCAGCAUGACAAUGAUCCCAAACACACCGCCCGGGCAACGAAGGAGUGGCUUCGUAAGAAGCAUUUCAAGGUCCUGGAGUGGCCUAGCCAGUCUCCAGAUCUCAACCCCAUAGAAAAUCUUUGGAGGGAGUUGAAAGUCUGUGUUGCCAAGCGACAGCCCCAAAACAUCACUGCUCUAGAGGAGAUCUGCAUGGAGGAAUGGGCCAAAAUACCAGCAACAGUGUGUGAAAACCUUGUGAAGACUUACAGAAAACGUUUGACCUGUGUCAUUGCCAACAAAGGGUAUAUAACAAAGUAUUGAGAAACUUUUGUUAUUGACCAAAUACUUAUUUUCCACCAUAAUUAGCAAAUAAAUUCAUAAAAAAUCCUACAAUGUGAUUUUCUGGAUUUUUUUUCCUCAUUUUGUCUGUCAUAGUUGACGUGUACCUAUGAUGAAAAUUACAGGCCUCUCUCAUCUUUUUAAGUGGGAGAACUUGCACAAUUGGUGGCUGACUAAAUACUUUUUUUCCUCACUGUAGGUUAGACAACAUCUGUGAAUUAUUAUGUAUUAUUUUGUGAUGUGACUUUUAAAACUGUCUUGUGUGAUCUAGGUGUGUGCUGUGUAAACCAUGUAAGGUUGAAUCAAUGCCCAGUGACAUUUGCGACGUAAAGCAGCGGAACGGUAGCCUUGGGCAACAACACAAUCAAGCUCAUUUCAGCAAAUCAACUGAGAGUAGGAAGUAGAACAGGUUUCGGAGAAAAAACCCCUCGCCUUACCUCGCUGUGCUAGGAUGUUAUUUUUCACUGUGGUCUUUGGCCAAUGACGUGAGAGGCCAUCCAAGACUGCAGCGAAAUAAUCCUCCUGUGUGUGUAUCAAUGAGACCGCCUGCUGAUUACCAGGGCUAUCAAAUUACACUCUAAAAUCUAUAGUCUGUCGUGUGCUCUGGAGAAAAACUGUGACUUGAUCUCUUGCUCUAGCAUCCAAGAAAACCUCAAUGAUUCGCCUGUGUUUAUAUGGUCUACUUCCAUUUGAAAAAUGUAUCAUUUAGCAGAUGCUCUUAUCCAGAGCGGUUUCCAGGAGCAAUUAGGGUUAAGUUCCUUGCUCAAGGGCACAUUGACAGAUUUUUCACCUAGUCGGCUUGGGGAUUCAAACCAGUGACCUUUUGGUUACUGGCCCAAUGCUCUAAACUGCUAGGCUACAUCUGACUAAAGGUUGAGAAAAGCCACAUACAGUAGGCUAACUCGUUACACAACCUUUCCACAGUGACCCUCAGCUCCCUUCAAACAGGCCUCUCAAUUGUAUUACAAAGGAUACCAAGUUUAAGGUCAUGUGUGGAUUAGUACACGCUUAACAAGAAGUUAAGGAUAUACCGAAUGAGCUUUGAUGGUUUGUUUUUCACAAAUCCCAUUCAGUUUGUCUUACCGACUAAUAGUAGAAUAACCAGCCUUUACAAUGCUUUGGAAAUGGCACAAAUUAAAAUCAGUCUCUCUUACACAGUAGGCUGUAGCUUGGCAACAUUACAAGGGCUUAUUGUUAGCAUGAGAAUAAGCACUGCCUUCAAUUGAAACGGGUGGGUUUUUUUUGGGGCAACGUCUUUGCGUUUGUUCGCAUGAUUCACACUCUUGAAACAUUAGAUUUCUAGCGGAGAAAAGAGAUGUUAUGUAGGAUUAUGCUUCAACACAACGAAAAUAAGCACAUUGAUCUUUUGUUAUUACAAUGUCUGUUUGGAUCAUCGUCCCUCUCCCGGGAAAACAUUGUACUUUGCUGCGAGACCAUUGCCUAUUUGUUUUCAUUUUGUUCAGGUUCAGGUUAAUUUAUCUUCCUAGUCUAACAACAAGCUGUGGUAAUGUGUUGGUCACAGUCUGCUGCAGGAGCACUGUUGCCCUUUCUUGCUAAAUGCUACAUUUGCAUUAAACAUGAAUACGUUUCACCUUCAUUCGACCAUGCCAAAUCUGGUAUAUUGAGAGCCUUUUCUUGACACAUGCUAGAUGACCUUAGGUCUUCAGAUGUUUAUUGGCUUUGAUGAGCAGCUGGGAAAGAUGCUUAACCUCUUUCCUCCCAGCCAGCCUCACAGUAUUUUAAACAGAAAUGUUGACAUUUCUGAGAAAGUGCAAUAUCUAAUGUACAAUCCCAACGCAAAAUGAGAAAAACAAAAUAUCAGGACCAAAUGAGAAAAUAUGUAUCGGGCUGCAGUCGACAUUAACAUAGCAAUUGGAUUUCUCGCUGCAUUUCAUUUACAAUGUCACCGAUGUCAGGGCAGUCCUCGACCAAAUCAAUUUUCAAUAAGCCCUUACCAUGAUGUCUAUGGGUGUUAAUAAUAGUGUUAAAUAAUCUCCAUUCCCACCAGUUAGGGAGGAGUGUUAGUAGGCUGAUGUGUGGAGCCUGGUAUAAAGAGUCUUUUAUUAGUUUUGUCAGAUCAUUCUUUAAUCACUGGCAGGGCUGCAAUCAGACAACUAGGAGCAAAGACAUAACCCUCUUCAAGCCUGAGCUUGGCAUAAUUAAUAACACAUUGCCUCAGGACAGAGAUUAAUCAGACAGGUCUCCGUGAGCCCUGCUUUGCAGCUCUGGCUGUUUAAAAAAAAAAAAAAGGUGAGAUGCAGAUAUCUCUGGGCUUGACGACUCCAAUACGAUUGAGUGAGAAACUGAGUGAGAAGCAAAGCACCACUCUCAGUAGUGAUGUAGGGGAAAGGCUUAGGAUCUGCCACGAUGGGCGGGCUUCGAAGCGCACUGUCAUGCAGGGAUGUUAGCUAGUAGCUACACCAUGGGAUCCCUGUUCAUGUGGAGAGUGGAGGUGGUUUGUGAAUAAGAAUGGGUUAAUCAGGCUCUUGGGAAGGAAGUGGAAGCAUAAACUACUCAUUAUACAUUAAAAUCUCUCUCUCUCUCUCUCUCUCUCUGUCAUGACCAAAAGUAUGUGGACACCUGCUCGUCGAACAUCUCAUUCCAUAAUCAUGGGUAUUAAUAUGGAGUUGGUCUCCCCUUUGCUGCUAUAACAGCCUCCACUCUUUGGGGAAGGCUUUCCACUAGAUGUUGGAACAUUGCUGCGGGGACAUGCUUCCAUUCAGCCAGAAGAGCAUUAGUGAGGUCGGGCACUGAUGUUGGGCGAGUAGGCCUGGCUUGCAGUCGUCGUUCCAAUUCAUCCCAAAGGUGUUCGAUGGGGUUGAGGUCAGGGCUCUGUGCAGGCCAGUCAAGUUCUUCCACACCAACCAUUUCUGUAUGGACCUCACUUUGUGCACGGGGGCAUUGUCAUGCUGAAACAGGAAAGGGCCUUUCCCAAACUGUUGCCACAAAGUUGAAAGCACCGAAUCGUCUACAAUGUCAUUGUACGCUGUAGCAUUAAGAUUUCCCUUCACUGGAACUAAGGGGCCUAGCCCGAACCAUGAAAAACAGCCCCAGACCAUUAUUCCUGCUCCACCAAACUUUACAGUUGGCAUUAUGCAUUCGGGCAGGUAGCGUUCUCAUGUCUUCCGCCAAACCCAGAUUUGUCCGUUGGACUGCCAGAUGGUGAAGCUUGAUUAAUCACUCCAGAGAACGCGUUUCCACUGCUCCAGAGUCCACUGGCGGCGAGUUUUACACCACUCCAGCUGACGCUUGGCAUUGCGCAUGGUGAUCUUAGGCUUGUGUGUGGCUAUUUGGCCAUGAAAACCCAUGUCAUGAAACUCCUGACGAGCAGUUCUUGUGCUGAUAUUGCUUGGAACUCGGUAGUGAGUGUUGCAACCGAGGACAGACAAUCUUUACGCACUACGUGCUUCAGUACUCGGCAGUCCUGUUCUGUGAGCUUGUGUGGCCUACCACUUCGCAGCUGAGCCAUUGUUACUCCUAGACGUUUCUACUUCACAAUAACAGCACAUACAGUUGACCGGGCAGCUCAAGCAGGGCAGAAAUUUGACGAACUGACUUGUUGGAAAGGUGGCAUCCUAUGACGGUGGCACAUUGAAAGUCACUAAGCUCUUCAGUAAGGCCGUUCUACAGCCAAUGUUUGUCUAUGGAGAUUGCAUGGCUGUGUGCUCCUUUUUAUACACCGUCAGCAACGGGUGUGGCUGAAAUAGCCGAAUCCACUAAUUUGAAGGGGUGUCCACCUACUUUGGGCCAUGUAGUAUGUAUGUGUGUAUAUAUAUAUAUAUAUAUAUAUAUAUAUAUAUAUAUACACUCAGUGGCCAGUUUAUUAGCUACACCACCCCGUUCACAAAAAUGGUUAGCUCCUAUAGACAGUGAGUCACGUGGCUUGCUAUAUAAAGCAAGCAGACGCGCAUCGAGGCAUUCAGUUACUGUUCGAUUGAACGUUAGAAUGGGCAAAAUUAGUGACCUAAGUGACAUUGAGCAUGGUAUGAUUGUCUGUGCCAGCUGCGCCGGUUCCAGUAUCUCAGAACGGCCUAACUUCUGGGCUUUUCACGCACAACAAUGUCUAGGGUUUACCAACAAUGGUGCAAAAAACUGAUAACAUCCAGUCAGUGGCAGUCCUAUGGGCCGAAAACAGCUCAGGUUGAUGGAGAAUGGCAAGAAUUGUGCAGGCUAACAGGCUGGCCACAGACAGGCAAAUAAUGGCGCAGUACAACAGUGGUGUGCAGAACGGCAUCUCGGAACGCACAACUCGUCGGUCCUUGUCAUAGAUGGGCUAUUGUAGCAGACGACCACACCGGGUUCCACUGCUCCAGUGGGCAUGAGAUCACCAACACUGGAUAAUUGAGGAGUGGAAAAACAUUGCCUGGUCUGACAAAUCCCGGUUCCUGUGCGUCAUGCUGAUUGCAGAGUCAGGAUUUUAUGUAAGCAGCAUGAAUCCAAGGCCCCAUCCUGCCUGAUAUCAACGGUACAUGCUGUUGGCAGUGGUAUAAUGGUGUGGGGAAUGUUUUCCUGGCACACGUUAGGUUCCUUGAUACCAAAUGAACAUUUGAACGCCACAGCGUAUCUGAAAAUCCAUGCUCCGAAGAAUUAAGGCUGUUCAAAUCAUAUCAAAAUGUAUUUGUCACGUGCUUCGUAAACAACAGGUGUAGACUAACAGUGAAAUGCUUACUUACGGGCCCUUCCCAACAAUAAUAUAUAUGUUUUUCUUAAAUAGAAAUAGUAGCAAAAAAUAAAAAGACAUAAAUAAAUAAAAAAUAACAUAAGGAAUAAAUAGAACAAUUUACCAAACAUUAGGAACACCUUCCUAAUAUUGAGUUGCACCCCCUUUUGCCCUCAGAACAGACUCAAUUCGUCGGGGAAUGAACUCUACAAGGUGUCAAAAGCAUUCCACAGGGAUGCUGGCCCAUGUUGACUCCAAUGCUUCCCACAGUUGUGUCAAGUUGGCUGGUAGUGGAUAGCUCGUUCCAUCUCAUCCCACAGAUGCUAUUGAAUUGAGAUCUGGUGACUGGGCAGGCCACUGCAAUAAGAUAAAUUCACUGUCAUGUUCGUGGAACCAUUCCUGGAUAAUCCUAGCCUUGUGGCAUGGGGCAUUAUCCUGCUGCAAAUUUUUUUAUUUGCAGAUGGAAACAUCUGCUGCCAUGAAGGGAUGCACCUGAUUGGCAGUGUUGUUCAGAUAUCCUGUGGCAUUCAAACAUUGCUCCACUUUUAUCAAGGGGCCCAAUGUGUGCCAUAAAAAACACACCCCACACCAUCACACCACCACCACCAGCCAAGACUCUUACUAGAGCUGGCCACCCGGCCAAACUGAGCAAUCGGGGUAGAAGGGCGUUGGUCAGGGAGGUGACCAAGAACCCGAUGGUGCCUCUGACAGAGCUCCAGAGUUCCUCUGUGGAGAUGGGAGAACCUUCCAGAAGGACAACCAUCUCUGCAGCACUCCACCAAUCAGGCCUUUAUGGUAGAGUGGCCAGAUGGAAGCCACACCUCAGUAAAAGGCACAUGACAGCCCACUUGGAGUUUGCCAAAAGGCACCUAAAGGACUCUCAGACCAUGAGAAACAAGAUUAUCUGGUCUAUAAUCGCUGACAAAGGUGCUUCAACAAAGUACUGAGUAAAGUCUGAAUACUUAUGUAAAUGUAAUGUUUAUUUAUUUAUUUGUAAUACAUUUGCAAAAAAUUCUAAAAACCUGUUUUUGCUUUGUCAUUAUGGGAUAUUGUGUGUAGAUUGAUGAAGGGGAAAAACCAUUUAAUCCAUUUUAGAAUAAGGCUGUAACGUAACAACAUUUGGAAAAGGUAAAAGGGUCUGAAUACUUUCCGAGUGCGCUGUAUAUAGUGUUGUCGUGGAAAUUACACACAGGGACACUCAAAGUCAAUCUUAAAUGAAUAAUUAUUUAUUAUCAGCGCGCUGGAGAGGUUCCAACCAACUCAAUGCACCAAGGACACAUGUCGAUCAGGAGCUCCACCCGGGGCAGUCCCGUUAGUUCUCUUACAUACAUACAAGUUAUAUUUGCAUGAUUUAGCUUAUUCAUCACUCAUAAUUAAUUCAUCAUUAAUGUUUGCUUCAUGUGACCGACCAAUACUGGGUCAUACAUGUGACAGACCAAUACCUCACAAGGCUUUUCACUAAGCUGCAACCUUGAAACUAAGAUAUCCCUUUCUCAAAACAAGGUUCUGGGCGUCCUGCCAAAUUGCAGAUACUGAUAGUGAGGAUUCGUUCAAUCAGUCACUUGCAAGAACACAGAAAUUGGUUAUUAGAAAAGCACAUGAAUAGAGCACAGAAAUUGGUUAUUAGAAAAGCACAAACAAUACAAUUUUCCAUCACAGUGUCUUUUGAUUGAUUCCGAUAUAAGUGACAGGGAACUUAUGGUGAAUGGAGCAGGCAUUGGAAGAUUCAUGAGAACAGCUGAAAAGAUAAGAAUAUCUAUUGAGGAACAUGUAGGGUGUGCUUUUUAAUGUCUGACUGAACUGCAACUGAAAAACAGUCUGUGCUUGAGUCAGUGCUUGAGGGGGAUAAAACAAAUUGUUCUGUUGUCUCUAAAUGUUGGAACAUCUUUCUUUCAGGUGGUGGGAGAGUGGAGGUUUAGUAAAAUCCACUGUGACAUCUUUGUCACCCUUGAUGUCAUGAUGUGCACUGCUAGCAUCCUCAAUCUCUGUGCCAUCAGCAUUGAUCGGUAAGUGUGCUCUUGAAAUUGUUGAAUCUUGGCUGGAGGCAGGUGCCAUUAUGGAUUUGCAGUGAAAAGCUUUAAGCAAAUUCAUUGGAGUCUGGACCUAAAAGGCAUAACCCAGCUGGUAGUUUCUAUUGAAUACCAAUACAAUUAUUUAUGGACUAUGCAGGACGCCACUUUUCAUUUUGAAUGAUUUUCCACUUCACUGAUUUUCGUGUCACUCAAAUGCAUGUACAGAACACCUUGGUUAUGUGAAUACUAAACUCAGAGGUCAUUUAAAUAUAUAUUGAAGUAAUUUGUAUUUUAAUACAAAAUGUCUGCACAUUCAGCAUGUGUGGAGAAAAUCUUUGAGUUGUUUAUACUGCUGAUGCUUAUUUUAGAGUAAGAGAAACAUAGAGUCAUUGGUUAUAUAGUCCUGUGAUUAACAAUUAGUCCUGGGAUAGUCCUGUGAUUAACAAUUAUUCCUGGGAUAGUCCUGUGAUCUGUGCUAUUGAAUAAAGAGUACCUUUAAAGCUAGAGUCCUUAAUUGAAACAAUAACCACUCUCAAAUUCAUAGACAGAGAUAUGGAUGCAAGGACUGUCCAUCCAUGAUAUCAAUUGUAUAGAUUAACCAUGAUUUGAAGCUAUGUAGUGUUUGUUUAUAUUUACAUUGUUUACAAACAUUGGAGUAAACAAGCUUCUAUUUUGGGUUCUGAUGGGGUACAGCAGUUGAACUAAGCUCAUGAAGCAUUUAUAAGUUAUAUUCUUCAAGAAUUAAUAGGUAUACACUACCGGUUAAAUGUUUAAGAACACCUACUCAUUCAAGGGUUCUUCUUUAUUUUUACUAUUUUCUACAUUGUAGAAUAAUAGUGAAGACAUCAAAACUAUGAAAUAACACAUAUGGAAUAAUGUAGUAAUUCAAAAAGUGUUAAACAAAUCAAAAUAUAUUUUAUAUUUGAGAUUCUUCAAAUAGCCACCCUUUGCUUUGAUGACAGCUUUGCACACUCUUGGCAUUCUCUCAACCAGCUUCAUGAGGUAGUUACCUGGAAUGCAUUUCAAUUAACAGGUGUGCCUUGUUAAAAGUUAAUUUGUGGAAUUUCUUUCCUUCUUAAUGUGUUUGAGCCAAUUAGUUGUGUUGUGACAAGGUAGGGGGGUAUACAGAAGAUAGCCCUAUUUGGUAAAAGACCAAGUCCAAAUUAUGGCAAGAACAGCUCAAAUAAGCAAAGAGAAAUGACAGUCCAUCAUUACUUUAAGACAUGAAGGUCAGUCAAUCCGGAAAAUUUCAAGAACUUUGAAAGUUUCUUCAAGUGCAGUCGCAAAACCCAUCAAGCGCUAUGAUGAAACUGGCUCUCAUGAGGACCGCCACAGGAAUGGAAGACCCAGAGUUACCUCUGCUGCAGAGGAUAAGUUCAUUAGAGUUACCUCAGAAAUUGCAGCCCAAAUAAAUGCUUCACAGAGUUCAAGUAACAGACACAUCUCAACAUCAACUGUUCAGAGGAGACUGCGUGAAUCAGGCCUUCAUGGUCGAAUGCUGCAAAGAAAUCACUGCUAAAGGACACCAAUAAUAAGAAGAGACUUGCUUGGGCCAAGAAACACGAGCAAUGGACAUUAGACCGGUGGAAAUUUGUCCUUUGGUCUGGAGUCCAAAUUGGAGAUUUUUGGUUCCAACCGCCGUGUCUUUGUGAGAUGCAAUGUGGGUGAACGGAUGAUCUCCGCAUGUAUAUUUCCUACCGUAAAGCAUGGAGGAGGACGUGUUAUGGUGUGUGUUUUUUUUGCUGGUGACACUGUCUGUGAUUAAUUUAGAAUUCAAGGCACUCUUAACCAGCAUGGCUACCACAGCAUUCUGCAGCGAUACACCAUCCCAUCUGGUUUGGGCUUAAAAGGACUAUAAUUUGUUUUUCAACAGGACAAUGACCCAAAACACACCUCCAGGCUGUGUAAGGGCUAUUUGACCAAGAAGGAGAGUGAUGGAGUGCUGCAUCAGAUGACCUGGCCUCCACAAUCCCCCGACCUCAACCAAAUUGAGAUGGUUUGGGAAAAGCAGCCAAUAAGUGCUCAGCAUAUGUGGGAACUCCUUCAAGACUGUUGGAAAAGCAUUCCAGGUGAAGCUGGUUGAGAGAAUACCAAGAGUGUGCAAAGCUAUCAUCAAGGCAAAGGGUGGCUAUUUAAGAAUAUAGUUUGAUUUGUUUAACACUUUUUGGGUUACAACAUGAUUCCAUAUGUGUUAUUUCAUAGUUUUGAUGUCUUCACUAUUAUUCUACAAUGUAGAAAAUAGUAAAAAUAAAGAAAAACCCUUGAAUGAGUAGGUGUUCUAAAACCUUUGACCGGUAGUGUAUAUAUUUAUAUCAUUAAUUUCUAAGUCCCAAAAUGUAUGUAGCAACUAAGGAUUCUAGCUUUAAGUGCUUAAGUCGCCUUGGUUCCCAACCAAAUUGCAAUGAAAUCAAUAAAGGAAGUCUGUAAAAGGAUUUCUACUUCCUAAGAUGUCAACUAACUCACUAAUAAGGUCACACAGCAGGCUAGAGGUUAAUUGAUAAGGACCCCUACCAGAGAUGUAGUGGAGGGUUACUGCAUAUAAACACAUUUAAUGCACAUUAAGGGUUAAUGCACAUUAAGCACCUUUUUAUUUCCUGAAUAGCAUUUACCUGUUACGCUAAAUUAGCAUUUUUUAGCGUUUUCUGUACGUUAGUCCUCCCAUCAUCUCAGAGUUUACCCACCUUUGUUUCUACCCCUACAGUCGUGGUCAAUGGUUUUGAGAAUGACACAAGUAUUGGUUUUCACAAAGUUAGCUGCUUCAGUGUUUUUAGAUAUUUUUGUCAGAUGUUACUAUGUUAUACUGAAGUAUAAUUACAAGCAUUCCACAAGUGUCAAAGGCUUGUAUUGACAAUUACAAAGAGUCAAUUUUUGCAGUGUUGACCCUUCUUUUUCAAGACCUCUGCAAUCCGCCCUGGCAUGCUGUCAAUUAACUUCUGGGUCACAUCCUGACUGAUGGCAGCCCAUUCUUGCAUAAUCAAUGCUUGGAGUUUGUCAGAAUUUAUGGGUUUUUGUUUGUCCACCUGCCUGUUGAGGAUUGACCACAAGUUCUCAAUGGGAUCAAGGUCUGGGGAGUUUCCUGGCCAUGGACCCAACAUUUCGAUGUUUUGUUCCCUGAGCCACUUAGUUAUCACUUUUGCCUUAUGGCAAGGUGCUCCAUCAUGCUGGAAAAGGCAUUGUUCGUCAUCAAACUGUUCUUGGAUGGUUGGGAGAAGUUGCUCUCGGAGGAUGUGUUUGUACCAUUCUUUAUUCAUGCUGUGUUCUUAGGCAAAAUUGUGAGUGAGCCCACUCCCUUGGCUGAGAAGCAACCACACACAUGAAUGGUCUCAGGAUGCUUUACUGUUGGCAUGACACAGGACUGAUGAUAGCGCUCACCUUGUCUUCUCUGGACAAGCUUUUUUCCGGAUGCCCCAAACAAUCGGAAAGGGGAUUCAUCAGAGAAAAUGACUUUACCCCAGUCCUCAGCAGUCCAAUCCCUGUACCUUUUGCAGAAUAUCAGUCUGUCCCUGAUGUUUUUCCUGGAGAGAAGUGGCUUCCUCGCUGCCCUUCUUGACACCAGGCCAUCCUCCAAAAGUAUUUGCCUCACUGUGCAUGCAGAUGCACUUAAACCUGCCUGCUGCCAUUCCUGAGCAAGCUCUGCACUGGUGGUGCCCCGAUCCCGCAGCUGAAUCUACUUUAGGAGACAGUCCUGGCGCUUGAUGGACUUUCUUGGGUGCCCUGAAGCCUUCUUCACAACAAUUGAACCUCUCUCCUUGAAGUUCUUGAUGAUCUGAUAAAUGGUUGAUUUAGGUGCAAUCUUACCAGCAGCAAUAUCCUUGCCUGUGAAGCCCUUUUUGUGCAAAGCAAUGAUGACGGCACGUGUUUCCUUGCAGGUAACCAUGGUUAACAGAGGAAGAACAAUGAUUUCAAGCACCACCCUCCUUUUAAAGCUUCCAGUCUGUUAUUCUAACUCAAUCAGCAUGACAGAGUGAUCUCCAGCCUUGUCCUCGUCAACACUCUCACCUGUGUUAACGAGAGAAUCACUGACAUGAUGUCAGCUGGUCCUUUUGUGGCAGGGCUGAAAUGCAGUGGAAAUGUUUUUGCGGGAUUAAGUUCAUUUUCAUGGCAAAGAGGGACUUUGCAAUUAAUUGCAAUUCAUCUGAUCACUCUUCAUAACAUUCUGGAGUAUAUGCAAAUUGCCAUCAUAAAAACUGAGGCAGCAGACUUUGUGAAAAUUAAUAUUUGUGUCAUUCUCAAAACCUUUGACCACGACUGUACAGCCCUGAUGUCCCUACUAAGAGAAGAUAGAGAAAGGUGUUUGCUGUCACUCCACCUGUAGUCUGCACAGUAGAAAAGCCAUACUCAAACUUGGAUCAUGUCUGGCCCUACUGUGUUUUCCCCUUGUCUUUCCUUCCCUCUGCUUCCUUCCACAACAGAUACACAGCAGUCGCCAUGCCCAUGCUGUACAACACACGCUACAGCUCCAGAAGACGAGUCACUGUUAUGAUCUCAGUGGUGUGGGUUCUGUCCUUUGCAAUAUCAUGCCCCCUGUUGUUUGGCCUAAAUAACACAGGUAAUAGCAGGAACUCAGUAUGACAAUGAUAGGUGAUACUAAACUGUAUGACUGCUGUGAAUGGGGUAAACAGUGUGGUGGUUAGUUUGAAUGCUCCUCUUUCAUACACAUAGUAUAUUCAUCCAAAAUGUUAUGUAUUUUGCACUGUAUUGACCAACUCAGUUGCCUUGUGGUUAGAGUGUCCACCCUGAGAUUGAAAGAUUGCGAGACCGAUCCUCGGCCGAGUCAUACCAAAGCCUGUAUAAAUGGUACCCGAUGCGUCUCAGCUUGGCACUCAGAAUUAAGGAGAUACAUUGGGGAUAAGGCUCUGCAAUAGACUAGCGUCCUGUCCAGGGGUCGUACUUCUACAUCAUGCUACAAAGAAUGGCUACUGCUCAAAUGAGCUGUUCCUGCUCGCUCGUGCAAGGCUCCUUAAUUACGUUUGAUAUGUAUUGUUUUCUGACCGGCGUGUCAUUUUGUUUUUCUCCCUAGCGACUCGCGACGAGUCCCUGUGCAUCAUCGCCAACCCGGCUUUUGUGGUGUACUCCUCCAUUGUGUCCUUCUACAUUCCCUUCAUCAUCACUCUGCUGGUCUACGUGCAGAUUUAUGUGGUGCUUCGCAAGCGGCGGAAACGGGUGAACACAAAGCGCUCGUGUCAAGGGACAGGCGACCACGACACAGUUGUCACGUUAAAGGUGACUAGGCUGCUAAUCAUGUUUUUCGUAAAUGAAGUGCUCAACACACUUAGUAGAGCCAAUUCAAUUAAAUCCAUUGUCAACAACGCGUCAUGUGUUUUUGGAGAAUGUAAUCAAACAUGAGGAAGCUAGAUAUUAUAGUGUUUGCUAUUCACAGACAUGAGAGGACAAACACAUAGAUAAUGAUUUUGUUGGAGGGUCCAACAAAAACACACGAGAUCGCAUUCUAGCCCGGAUUGAAAAGGGCAAACGCAAUUAUCCUAAGGCGUUUUAUUUGAGCGUAUUGAGAUUAUUAACAACAUAUUCUGAUGUAAUUGGUCAUUUCACAUGACAAAUCCCACUUGGCCAUGUUACAUUGGCCUACUAUAUUGGAAGGAGAGCUGAAAUGCAACAGUAAUUAUGCCUUUAAGUGACAUUUUCCUUUUCUGGAUAUUGAUUUGAAUUACAUUAAAGCGGAUCAAUACAGGAAAAGAAGCCGUGUUUCUCUCAGACCUCUGCAUUACUCAUGUACAUGCAUGCCUUUGUCUUGUUGUGGGGAAGGGAGAAAGAAGAGAAAAUACAUUCACAAAGUAUACUGUGAGUCAAUAAACCAUUUCUGAAACAAUAUUGUCAGUUUAACUCCGUGGACUUUUUAUUUCUGCCCUAUUGAGUGUUAUGGACGUAAUGAUUCGAAUGGGAAUCAAAUAACGGCGUACGCUCAAUAGAAUUACAGUUUGUUUGGUUUAUUGUUAAUUGUUCUUUAGAAUUGUGCCAUCUCAAAGAGCGACUCUGAGAACAUUUGGUGCCUGUGCAGUGACUGUGUGCCGGCUUCUCUCCCCUGUUGUUGUUUCAGGAGAAGUGCAGUCACCCAGGAGAUGUGAGCCUAUGCACUGUGAUUGUGAAACCUAAUGGGAGCUUUCCUGUCAACAAGAAAAAAGUGGUGUGUCAAGUAUUUGUUGUGCUAUUUUUACAGAGCAACUCUCAUAAGGCAGUCUUUACUUUUAAAGGCAGUUAACAAGGUGUCACCUCUAUUGUUCCCAUUUCUCCCCGUAAGCAAGAUAUAGAAGUUACUGCUGCAUUUACUACUACUACUACUACUACUACUACUACUACUACUACUACUACUACUACUACUACUACUACUAUAACAUCGUUGUUGAUCUCUGUCAGCAGAUCUUCAUCAAAGAGGUGGCCCACGAUGGGGAUGACAUGGAGUUGGACGAGAUGAUCAACUGCAACCCUCAGAAACAGAAGAAUGUGGACAAUGCCACCACCACGUCUGUCAGCCACCAGCUCCUCCCGCCAACCAAGGCCAACGUCAGCCUCACCUCCGUGCCCCCCUCCCUGCCUGAGGGCUCCCUUAAAGUGGAGAAGAACGGCGACUCGAAGGACAUACUGGCGGAAGUGCCCAAAGUCGCUAAAGCGUUUCAGACCGAGGCCUUACCCAACGGCAAAACACAGACGUCUAUCAAGCAGCAACCCACUCUCAUGAGUAAGAGGAAGAUCUCCCAACAGAAGGAAAAGAAAGCCACUCAAAUGUUAGCCAUAGUCCUGGGUAAGUUGUUAACGUGAAUAACACUUUGAAUGGGAUACAAAAAUUGGGGUAAAGUCUAUUUUACUUUCACACGUCAUAAACAAUAAGACAACUCAAUAAAAUGUAGUUGAUAUCUUUAUUUUACUAGCUGUAGUUUUCUGACGGCCUGUAUAGGUAUAUUAUAUUCCCUUAGUAAUCCUUAACUUGAAAAGAGCUUACAGGCAACCAGGCAGAAAAUGAUGCAUCAAAAGGAAACAGAUUUCAUUUUCAUCGAGGAGAAGGACAUUUGUAUAAAGUUUCACUUCAUAACAUGAUUCAAUGUCGACAUUCAUCCAGUAUCACGGUACUAGCUGGUUUCUCCGAUCUUUUCACAUUUUGUCUUCUCUCUCUCUCUUUAGGUGUAUUUAUCAUAUGCUGGCUACCUUUUUUCAUCACUCAUAUAUUGAACACCCACUGCACCACAUGCAAGGUUCCUGCAGAGAUGUAUAACGCUUUCACGUGGCUGGGGUAUGUGAACAGUGCUGUGAACCCCAUCAUAUACACCACUUUCAAUAUAGAGUUCAGAAAAGCUUUCAUCAAGAUCCUGCAUUGCUAAGGUUGGCAUUUGAGGAGGGAGCUGGAAUGGAGAAAAGCAUCACUUAUAGCCUACUAAAAUAUACCUCAUCCACGUGAGGACAGUGCACAUGACCAUAAGUUUCAGUGAUGAUCUUUGAGAAAUGGAGAGACUGAGUAAAUGCCACACAUGAAGACUUGGGGAUUUUUGUGGAUUAUUUUGUGGACUCAUGUUCUCUCACCUGAAUGUAUAUUGAGGAAUCAUGUCUUUAUCAAUUAACUGUUUAUUGGAAAUGUCAUAUUGGUCUUAACCAUCGUGCUUGUCACUAAAGAGCAAUCCAUGUAAGGAAAUUUAAAGAAAACACAAGAAGAUGUGUUUAAAAACACUAAAGCAAGCAACCUAUUUACUCUGUGUAUAUGAUGUCUUUUUGAUAAUGGCUGAAUCCCGCAAAGACCAACUAGAUAUCAACAAAUCAGUGUUCAUCUCAGUAUUAAACCUGAUAAUAUUAAACUGGUCAUCUAUGAGCUCUGCAGCUUUAAACCACCCACAGAAUGGAAUGUGUGUUACAUAGAGAUUAAACAUUUUGACUCAUGGUUUUCUCACUGGUCCACUUGGCAAGAGAGGCAGCCACAUACACUGCCUUGCAAAAGUAUUCAUCCCC